UAUAUAUAAGUCAAAGGCUAACAGUUGGAAGUAUAGCAAUCCCAGCUAUGCGCUGAGUCUAUACCAAUCUGUCCUCUCUCAAUUUCCAUGAAUAAAAUACGAUUAUUUUGUUUGAUUUGAGAGAGAAACAAAGAGAUUAUUUCAUUUUUAUUAUUUUAAUUAAAGUUUCACUAUUCUUUAUUCCCAUAUUUCCAGAGAGACGACAAACAGACGUCGGGUUAUAAAGUUCUUUUUCUCAAAUGCUUUGGGAUUCACUAGAAAUAAUAUAUAUAAAAAAGUAGCAAUUGUGAAUGGAAGAGAGCAACGCUAGGAGCAAGUUCAAGAGGAUUUGUGUGUUCUGUGGAAGCAACUCUGGCCGCAGAAAAGUAUUCAGUGAUGCUGCUCUUGAGUUGGGCAAUGAACUGGUCAAGAGGAAGAUAGAUUUGGUGUAUGGUGGGGGAAGUGUCGGGUUGAUGGGUUUAAUAUCCCAGACAGUGUACGAUGGAGGUUGCCAUGUUCUUGGGGUCAUUCCAAAAGCUCUCAUGCCUCUUGAGAUAUCUGGUCCAACUGUUGGAGAAGUAAGAACAGUUACAGACAUGCAUGAGCGUAAGGCUUCUAUGGCUCAAGAAGCUGAUGCCUUUAUUGCUCUUCCUGGAGGAUAUGGAACUAUGGAAGAGCUGUUGGAGAUAAUAACAUGGGCCCAACUUGGGAUUCAUAUGAAGCCGGUUGGUUUGCUUAAUGUUGAUGGGUACUAUAAUUCCUUGCUGGCACUAUUUGACAAUGGUGUUGAAGAAGGUUUCAUCAAGCCAUGUGCUCGGCAUAUAGUUGUCUCUGCUCCAACAGCCAAAGAACUUGUGGUGAAGAUGGAGCAAUACACUCCUUCCCAUGAACACGUUGCUUCUCAUGAAAGCUGGCAAAUGGAGCAACUUGAUAACUCUCAAGCCAAGAAAACGCAAGGUGAAGCUGUUAUUGGUGAUAGCUCUUUCACCUAAAUUGAUUCCUAAUGUGAUUCAUUAACACUUUAGAUGUGUGGAAGAAUCUAUUUAUAUGGGACCAUGGACCUUUCCAUUCUUAUGUAUUUUGUCCUUCCUUUAAUUUAAUUUCAGAUCGUUUCAUGACAUACUUUGGUUUGAGGUCGAUCGAAACACUAUUCCAUGGUCGUAUUUAGUUGUUACCACUAGUUCAAGGGCGUACUCAGAAAUGGAAAGAUUUUAUUUACAGUUUUAA